AUGCGUCGCGCCCGACCGGCAGAAGACAUCAUUGCCGAAUUCGAGUUGCGAGACGAGCGCCAGAAGGAGCAGAUCUCCAUGCUCCACCAGAAAGUGAUCAAGCAAAGUGAAGAAGUCAAGACAUUGCAGACCAAAUCGUACAGAAACGAGCAGGCCGUGCGAGAUCUGCGACAACAGAUCGAUGUCCGCAGUCAUGCUGCCGCCUCUCAAGUGGCCGACAUUCAAGCUGCCGCGGACACCCAUGCCGCUUCUCAAGACUCCCUCAUCCGCUUCGGAACGAACGCUGUCAAAGAGCAGCGCGUCCGAGCCGAGAGCGCGGAAGCGGAAGUGAAGCGCCUACAGACCGUCGUUUCGGAGCUCGAGAGCUCGAUCUCGGAACUGCGAAACCUCGUCACCAACUACGAGGCUGUCAUGGCAGCUUCGGCAGACGACUACACGAGAGCGUGCAUGGAGGCACAAGCCUCCGGCUCCGUCCGAAUGAUCAAAGGCUAUCAGAGCGAUCUUGCUAGACAGAAGUAUGUGCUAGAGAAGAUGAGAAUUGAGUGCGCUCGAAAAGACAAGGCAUUGAGGGAGUAUGAGCAGAAGGAGUUUGACCGAUCGAGAGAGUUGGAAGAAGGAAAGCGCGAGCUCUCGGCCAGUGCGCGAAGAGCUGAGACUCUCGAGGGCAUUGCCGAGGACCAGAGAAAGUUAAUUGAGAGACUCAAUGGGGAGAACGCUCGGUUGCUUGCGCUGAGUGCAGGGUUAGACAGCCGCACCAGUUCUUCUGUUGCGAGACGAUCCUCUGCGUCGCUGCGUGUCUACCACAGACAAAGCGGCAUCCCAGACUGGGAGCAGUAUCUCCGCUGGCGCUCAGCUUUUACGUAG